UUAUUGGAUGUGUCAAUACGAUUCAAAUGAUUAUUGGAUUCGGGUUUGAUUUUCUGAGAAUAACUUCAGGACGAACUAGUUUGACACAAUCCACAGGUGGAGAGAAACGUAGCGCACUUAACGAAUAUUGGUAUAAUCGACGAAAAGGUUACCAAGAAAUGGUGGAUAAGUUGUAUGUGAAGUAUAUGGAACGCUUGCACGGAAAUAUAAGUGAAUAUGAUGAAAAUGCUAUAGCUGCCAAUUACGGCCCGUAUGAUAUGAAUACUGCACAAAUUCAGUAA